UCAGUGCGGGCGCGACCGGACGCGCCUGAUCUAGGCUGUUGCAUGAUCCGCUAAGAUACUUAAGCAGCUGAGAAAUGGGCCGGCUUGCCGGAGCUUUGAGGCCGUGCCUGUGAUGAUGGCCGUCCCGUGCUCGGAUUAUAGAGCGCCUCCAUAAUUGUGAGUUGACAAUGGGUUGGUUGGACUGGCUUUGCCCGCCUGGGCUGCAUUAUUCGUCGCUUGUCCAGAGGUGCAGGGGCAGCUGAAAGGCAUCGUCAUGGAGGAGUACCUAGUCACCCGCGGCGGUGAUGUUCCCCAAAGUACCCUGGCGUGAGACGCAGCCGGAACUGGUGGCUUCGAUGGCUUGCACCAGUGACAUCGUCUUAGCCUGGCCGUUUGCUUGCUUAUCCUUUGGCGCCCAUCAAUCAGGCUUCCUAGCCGACCACUGGCGUGUGGUGUUUCCCUCAGAGUCAAGUCGGCUUGUCGCACCCAUGUCAAUCAACUCUCUCUCUCUUUCUCUCUCUCAUACGAAUGCCUUGGGAAGCAAAAUGGUUGACGAAUAUGAAAAUGGGUUGGCGGGAGCUUGGGAAGUUCAAUGGGCGUGGGUGGAAAACGGAGAAGGCUCGAAUCGACGAAAGGGCCUUGUGCUGUUCGUAUGGAAAACUCCUUCGGCUAUCUCGCGGCUCGGAUGCUUGGGCUCUCAUAGACAAUGGAGGGAUUGCCCACCCUGCUCGAGGUGGUACCUAAGCCAGGCAAGAUCCAGUCAUGAUAUCGGAGUCGGAUGGCGGAGGCGAGAGAGAGGGAAAAAGAAUGCGUAUGACGGACGACUUCGGACUGACUGGUGGGCUUGUGUCUCGAUUGUUCUUCAGAUUUCUUCUUUUCUUUUUUCUUCCUUUUCUUUGCAGUCGUCCAGGUGGCAGGCAGGGGCCAGGGGUGAAGUGCAGAGAAGUUGAGAAGCCCAUGUUUGUCAGUGAGGGGCGUUGAGCUGGCAGGUGACCGCGUUCUUCAUCUCAAAUUGUCGGUUACCAGGCUGGAUUGGAUGGAGGUGGUUGUGGUCUUGUCCGUGAU